CAACAUACAUUGUUAUUUACACUGACUACACAUUUUCCAUAGAAAAACCAAAAAAAACAAACAAAUGGAUACAAACAAUGACUCUCCGGCACCGGGAUCUUCGCCGCCGGUAUGUCACCCGGCAGUGGCACCACUCUCAUACCUUCUCGGAACAUGGAGAGGCCAAGGAGAAGGUGGCUACCCCACCAUCAACUCCUUCUCCUAUGGUGAAGAACUUCACUUCUACCAUCCACCCAACAAGCCUGUGAUAGGGUACACUCAGAAGACAUGGAAACUUAGUUCUGGUGAGCCUAUGCAUGCUGAGAGUGGUUAUUGGCGUCCUAAACCUGAUGGGAUCAUUGAAGUUGUUAUUGCUCAAAGUAAUGGUCUUGUUGAAGUUCAGAAAGGGACAUAUAGCAUUGAAGAGAAAGUGAUACAGCUUCAGAGUGAACUGGUGGGGAAUGCUUCCAAGGUUACUGGGAUCAAGAGAUGUUUCCGACUAGUUGAAGGGGAUCUCUGUUACGAGGUUGACAUGUCUACCAAUGCAGUUACCCUUCAGCCACACUUGAAAGCAAAACUGAAGAAGCUCUAAAGCAAAUAGUGGAUCCAUCUAGCUUACAUGGCUUGAAUUGAAAUUUCCUAGUCUGAAGAUACUAUGAGUAAAAUUUCAUAUUACAAUCAAGUGAAAUAUACUUUCAUUUUGCUUAUUAUAAUUGUAACAAAUCCUUAUCUAUUGAGGAUACAACUUGCACUAUUGAGGCUAUAGAGUCUAUAGUUUUCAUCAAAGUGACAUUAGUGGUAUUUGCUUGAAGAGGAAAAAUUCACCUCAUUUAAUUGUUGCUGAAUGUAUAAUCUGGAUGUUGAACUAUAACAUAUAUAAUUUUUUUGUAUCCUUUAGCCAAUGUA